AUGAACAGAUCGACGACAUUCCCCUCCUGCGUCGCCAUCUGCCUCGUUCUGCUUGGCUCCUGCAGCCUGCAAUGCCUCGCCUUCCAAAACUCGGAGCAGGAGCACGCUAGGCAACUGCAGCACCAGGCUGCGCCGGCAGAAAACCGUUUACAAGACCUAGAUAAUGUGAGCACGGUGAGUCUGGAAGGUCACUUGGGGUUGUCGGAGCAAACCGACGGCGCUGCCUCCUCCAAAAGCCCGUAUGGAGCCUCAGCUGAACCAUCGGGGAUCUCAUUAAACGUGGUGGUUCAAGCGACACCACAAACCGUUGUAGGCGUUAAGGGUCUCUUGGGACACCAGGGUUUGCCUGAUUACACCCCUGCUGUCUCGUGGGUUGCUGGAACGGAAAGCCGGCUUGCUUCCAGCGAGCCCGAGACAGAACAGAAAGAAAAGGGCUCGCGCAAAUCCUCGCUACCUGUGGCAGUGACGUCUCCAAGCGCUAAUGUCAAGGACCAUGCCUUUAGUAGUACUGCGGGCGAGACGACGGAAGGGGACAGUAAAGGAGCAGGGGACGAUUCGAUGGGGAAUCUGGGAGGGGACGUUUUUUCACCAAGCAUCCUGGAAGAAGGAGGAAGCGUAGGCCAUGCCGGAGUACCCCAGUUGACCACGGAAGACUCAUUGUUCGGGCUUCCCCGUGAUCAGUCCCCAAGUCUCCCACCCCCUGCCGGACAAUUGCUUGACUCCGAGCCGGUCUCAAAUGGAGACGCCCCCUCGCUAGCGACAGCCACAAAAGCCGGCCAUGUUUCCACAGAGGCCUUCUUAAAUCAGGAAGAGGACACCUCCAACGCUUGGGGGAAUGCAAAAGUCAUGCUCGGGCCUGCCACGGCCGUCCCGGCCACGGCGCUGCAGAGUGACGAUUGGGAUGAUACAAAACCAAGAGCCGCCGUCCAGGCAAAGGGCACGGUGGCUAUGGUGGCGAACCGACCCCAAACGGUAAGAGAGUUUUACCCAGGAGAGGGAAGAGGGGAAGACGACGACGAGGUGAAAAGGGUCUUGCCGCCAAGGUUAUCCACCACCAUAGCGAGAGGGAGCAAAACCCUUCAGACCGGGUCAGCCCGUGGUACUAUGCAGUGGGGAGAGUCAGCAACGCUUUUGUCCAGCCAGAAUCCGGUCCUUGCCACAAAUCCGUCGCCAAAGGGGCAAGUCCCCCCUGCAAGAGCAAUGGAAAAGGCCGCGCAAGUUGCCAACACCCACGAGGCCGCGACUACAAUAGACACGACCAAAUCGGAUGUCUUCCAAACCCUGAGGAAUACGCUGAGAGGUGUUACACAAGAGGCAGAAACAGCCUUCCGUCGAACCGAUGCCGGGUUUUUCGCCACUGUGGCUGGAGAUUUUCCUAACCAAGAGGCUACAGGCGAAGUCAGAGUGGAGGAAUUGGCAACCCGAAUCCCGACAGUUGUCAGCUCCUCCGUGGUGCCAGGGGAGCCAGAAAACUUUGCCACUGUGGUGUCUCCCUCAGCCGCUGAUCUAUUGGUCAUCCCAACGCCUGAUGCUGGAGCGCCUGUCGCUGCCCUCGGAAGCGAAGAAGACGCUCCCUCGGAUGACGUGCCUGCAACCCUGGCAGGGCUGCAGACCGGAGAGAUUCCUGGCUCCACCGAGCCCACGUCAGCUGUGGCAGCUUCGGCAAGGAGAACCACCAUCCCGGCUGCCCACCAGGUCACUACAGCGGCAGCCUACGGCCUGGACGGGCUGGAAUCAGAAGAAGAGGAAGAAGAGGAAGAGGAGGAGGAAGAAGAGGAAGAGGAACCAGAUGAAGAGGACGAGGAGGAAGACGAUGAGGACGAGAAAGAUGCCAAUUCGAUGGACGAAAGCCUGGAUGGAGACGGCGACCAGUCUAGUUUCACCCUCCCUGGAGAGACGUCUCCGGACCCCCUGGAAAGCCUGGAGAACCCUGUGGGGGAGAUCUCUGGAGUAUCAUACCAGGUUCCAGGUGCCAUCGAAUGGGAACGGCAGAACCAGGGCCUAGUGAGAAAUUGGAUGAAAAAGCUGAAGGACAAGGCGGGUUACAUGUCCGGGAUGCUGGUGCCAGUCGGGGUCGGCAUCGCCGGAGCCCUCAUGAUUCUCGUCACCCUCUACAGCGUGAAGAUUAUGAACCGCCGGCGCAGAAACGGCUUCAAGAGACACAAGCAAAAGAGGGAAUUCAACAGCAUGCAGGACCGAGUGAUGCUUUUAGCGGAUAGCUCCGAAGAUGAAUUUUGAAUCAGGCCGCAGCGUCACGUC